CCUAGCAGCGGGUGGCAGGGAUCCGACGCCUGUGCGGGGACUCGGCUGUCUGAGCCCCUCGCAGCGGCGACAACCCGGACAAGCCCCGCGAGGCCAGGGCUGCCCGCCAGAUCACAGAGUCCAGCGGGGACCUGUGUGGUCGCUGAGGCAAGAUGGGGAACCGGGAGAUGGAGGAGCUGAUCCCCCUGGUUAACCGUCUGCAGGACGCCUUCUCGGCGCUGGGACAGAGCUGUCUGCUGGAGCUGCCGCAGAUCGCGGUGGUGGGCGGUCAGAGCGCCGGCAAGAGCUCGGUGCUCGAGAACUUCGUGGGCAGGGACUUUCUUCCUCGGGGCUCAGGCAUCGUGACCAGACGACCUCUUGUACUUCAGCUUGUCACCGCUAAAGCAGAAUAUGCUGAAUUUCUACACUGCAAAGGAAAAAAAUUUACGGAUUUUGAUGAAGUUCGCCAUGAGAUUGAGGCAGAAACAGACCGAGUGACGGGAAUGAAUAAAGGCAUCUCUUCUAUACCCAUUAACCUGCGAGUCUAUUCGCCGCAUGUGUUAAAUCUAACGCUAAUCGACUUACCUGGAAUAACGAAAGUGCCCGUGGGAGACCAGCCGCCAGAUAUUGAGUAUCAGAUCAGAGAAAUGAUUAUGCAGUUCAUCACGAGGGAGAACUGUCUGAUCUUGGCUGUCACCCCAGCCAACACUGAUCUUGCAAACUCAGAUGCACUGAAGCUGGCCAAAGAUGUUGAUCCUCAAGGUCUAAGGACCAUUGGUGUUAUCACCAAGCUGGAUCUCAUGGAUGAAGGAACGGAUGCCAGGGAUGUGCUGGAGAACAAGCUGCUGCCUCUUCGCAGGGGCUACGUGGGGGUGGUCAACAGGAGCCAGAAGGACAUAGAUGGAAAGAAGGACAUUAAGGCAGCCAUGUUGGCAGAGAGGAAAUUUUUUCUUUCUCACCCGGCUUAUAGACAUAUUGCUGAUCGUAUGGGGACCCCACACCUCCAGAAGGUCCUGAAUCAGCAACUUACCAAUCAUAUUCGAGAUACCCUGCCCAACUUCAGGAACAAACUGCAGAGUCAGCUGCUCUCCAUAGAACAUGAAGUAGAAGCCUACAAAAACUUCAAACCGGAAGAUCCCACAAGGAAGACCAAAGCUCUGUUACAGAUGGUCCAGCAGUUCGCUGUGGACUUUGAGAAGAGAAUCGAAGGGUCGGGGGACCAAGUAGAUACGUUAGAGCUCUCUGGUGGUGCUAAGAUCAACCGCAUUUUCCACGAACGCUUUCCUUUUGAGAUAGUGAAGAUGGAGUUCAAUGAGAAAGAAUUGAGAAGAGAAAUAAGCUAUGCAAUCAAAAACAUACACGGUAUCAGGACAGGGCUGUUUACUCCAGACAUGGCAUUUGAAGCAAUAGUCAAAAAGCAGAUAGUAAAACUGAAAGGGCCUUCGCUGAAGAGUGUGGACCUGGUAAUGCAAGAAUUGAUCAACACUGUGAAGAAGUGUACCAAGAAACUGGCAAACUUCCCCAGACUCUGUGAGGAAACAGAAAGGAUUGUUGCUAACCACAUCCGUGAGCGGGAAGGGAAGACCAAGGACCAGGUCUUGCUAUUGAUUGACAUUCAAGUCUCUUACAUUAACACCAACCAUGAAGACUUCAUCGGCUUUGCAAAUGCUCAGCAGAGGAGCAGUCAGGUUCACAAGAAAAGCACAAUUGGAAACCAGGGAACCAAUCUUCCGCCUUCAAGGCAAAUUGUGAUCCGUAAGGGCUGGCUGACCGUCAGCAACAUUGGCAUCAUGAAAGGAGGCUCGAAGGGCUACUGGUUUGUCCUCACUGCGGAAAGCUUGUCGUGGUAUAAAGAUGACGAGGAGAAAGAAAAGAAAUACAUGCUUCCACUGGACAACCUGAAGGUCCGGGAUGUGGAGAAGGGCUUCAUGUCCAGCAAGCACGUCUUUGCACUCUUUAACACAGAACAAAGGAAUGUAUACAAAGACUAUCGUUUCCUGGAGUUGGCCUGUGAUUCCCAGGAGGAUGUGGACAGCUGGAAGGCAUCUCUGCUAAGAGCUGGAGUCUAUCCAGAUAAAUCUUUAGCUGAAAAUGAUGAGAAUGGCCAAGCAGAAAACUUUUCCAUGGACCCACAGCUGGAGAGGCAAGUGGAGACCAUACGCAACCUGGUAGAUUCCUACAUGUCGAUAAUCAACAAAUGCAUCCGGGACCUGAUUCCAAAAACAAUAAUGCACCUUAUGAUCAAUAAUGUUAAAGACUUCAUCAACUCUGAGCUCCUAGCACAACUUUAUUCUUCUGAGGACCAAAACACUCUGAUGGAAGAGUCUGCCGAGCAGGCUCAGCGCCGGGAUGAGGUGCUCCGAAUGUACCAAGCCCUGAAAGAAGCCCUUGUGAUCAUUGGUGACAUCAACACAGCCACUGUGUCCACCCCAGCCCCACCUCCAGUAGAUGACUCCUGGCUCCAGCAUUCCCGCAGGUCGCCUCCUUCAAGCCCCACCACCCAAAGAAGGCCGACCUUGAGUACGUCCCUUACAAGGCCCACGUCUGGCCGUGGACCAGCGCCUGCCAUUCCCUCUCCAGGACCCCACUCCGGGGCUCCCCCAGUCCCCUUCCGCCCUGGCCCGUUACCUCCUUUUCCCAACAGCAGUGACUCCUUUGGCACCCCUCCACAAGUUCCAUCCAGGCCCACGAGGGCGCCCCCCAGUGUUCCAAGCCGGAGGCCACCCCCAUCACCAACUCGUCCCACUAUAAUCCGUCCACUAGAAUCCUCACUGUUAGACUAAACGAAGUGUCUGGCAUGGCAAUUAGUCACUAAUGAUUUAUGCAAAAGCAACAUAUUCGGUAACCUUUGCAGUCAACCAUGAGUACUCGCAUGUAUGGACAUCCAUAGGCAAGUAGCCAGUUUUACUAAUGUAUUCAUCACUCAUCUUCAUUGCUCAUGGUAUGUCAGACCUUUGGGGUGUGACUCGGAAAAACUGCUAACCUGUAGAGAGAGUUGAUAUGUUGUAUUGGCCAAGGUAGUUUUGUGUAGUGGUCCUCUACUCUGGUACCAUUUAUCCAUCCAACAUGUAUUUGAAAUUGCUUAAUAAGAGUUUUCUAGGCUGUCUCCAGAGAAGCUUAAAACAGUUCUUAACAGAUAUAAGAAAGUGAACUUGGAGUCACACAAAUUCUUCCCCACAUUCUGUUUAGGAUGGCAGAAAUUCUGUUGCGUGAUAUUAAUACUGCCACCCACUCCAUAACUGCUUAUUUAAACUUCUUUUCCUUCUUACUUCGUAGUUCUGCUAGGAAGCAUGAUUUUUAAAUUAGGACUACUUAAGAUGGAAGCUUUUCAGGAGCACAAGUCAGUUUGCAAAGGAAGGUCUACAGGGUUUUGCAAGCUCUACAGGGUUGGCUCUAGGGGCGUCUCCUGGCACCAGUGUGUGCUUCAUGCUAGAAGUACAGACCGCGGUGAAGCAAAGCCCAAGAUGGUUUUGGUAAUCGGUUGAUAGAUUUGGCUACCUUCAGAGUUCAAGGAAGAAGCAAAAAAUAUCACCAUUUAAAAAGUGUCUGUGACAAUAUAAUUUACUUAUUAUCUCAUAUAUUUACCUCUUUUAGGCUAUGGUGAAGGAAGGCUGAUAUUGAAAUUGUUUAAUUCUCCAGUUGAUUUUUUUUUGGGGGGGGGGACAUGGAUAACUAACUCCCUUUAUAGUUAGUGUAAUUAUUAUUUUGGCUGGAGCAAAAUUAAGUGUAUGCUAGGACACGAUUUCUACGGUUUACAUAUAAAUGAUUAUGCAGAAUCCCUUUAAAACUAAUGUCUUUACCCAUUCCAGACACACUUCCAUUUUGCAGCUUUAUAUUGCACAACUGCGCUGAAAGAGUGGUCCCUAGUAUGGAAAGGAAAUUCAUCAGCGACGCCAUGGUUUCGGAGCACAGAUCACAUGUUUACAGAUCCCUUGCUCCAACUUGCUCCUGAAAAUGCCUUUGCAAUAUUGAGCUGCAAAACAAAUUUGCAAUUUCUAAGAUUUCCAGAAUUUGCAAGAGCAGCCUAGCCUAGAGGUUUAGUUCAGCCUUUACGCUAAGUUUCAAACUACCUACGACCAGAUGAUCAGCAUGUAGGAAACAGCCAGAAGCCAAAUGGAUUUCUGUCUGGUAACUGCUCCCAGACAGCAGAGCGAGCGUUCACUGAACUGUGGCUCCCCGUGACAUUAUUCCAUAUUCGCAGAAGUAAAUCAGGUUUUACUGACUGCAGUGUCUCUCCCUUUGAAGGCAGCAAACAUGAUUUGUAUGUGAACUUCACUUUAAUUUCCUGUGCAGUUUCUAACCAAAGCAAGACACUAUAAAGUCUGACAUAAAAACUUUUAAGCAUUAUUUUAAAAAAAAAAAGGAAAAUUUCAAGGUAAAUAGCACUGUAUUGAACUUCUUCUAAUGGGUUAUAUCCUGAUUAUAAUUGACAAAAGUUAAAGAAUAUGAGGCACAUAAAAGGGUAACUACAACCUUUAAGUGACAGAAUAUCACCACUCUAGCGUCUCUCAUGUUUUUCCAUGGGGGAAAAAAUGUGAAUGGAACUCACAUACAAGAUGCAGAUUGUCUUUGAAAACAGUGUCCCAAAUAAAUGGGGAAAUGUUAAGCAAGCCUUCAUACUCGAACAACUAACAGGCAGUUAGGUCUUCUCCCAAAACUCCCUCCUUUUAGGAUUCCCUUUGCUUCCUCCUUUGAGUUCCCUAAAACAGGCAGCUAACGAAUUAGAUACUUCAGGGUUUGGCUUUGUUCUUACUGUGGUUUUGCGUCUUGCUGUAUUUCAAAAAUUUUCUUCUGUUAGAGGAAAAUAUUGCAGAAAACCACUGGCAUGGUCUCAGAUCAGCAUAAACCAAUGUCAAGGAAAAUUGGGGAUUUGUCUCUCCAAGUUUCUUCCCACUGAUCUUAGACAGUGAUAAACAAUGGCGUUUGUCAUCUUUGGGUUUUGCUUCUUGAUCCACAGAUGCCCUGUCCCAAAUGUCUCCCCUUUGUCUGGAAAGUUUUGUCCUCUUUGCUACCAUGUUAUAUAUCUGGUGGCACCCAGAACCCCCUGCCCUAGCCCCACACCAGAAUCUCAACAAUGGCAUUCCAGAAUAUUUUCAGUUUGCUGCAGUUCAAAGGGUUUGCAUCCUGCUAACAGAAGACACCAACCUGAGUGAAGCCUCUAGUUCUGGAGUGUGCAGAAUUUAUGGGAUGGCACCCACAUCAGGCCUUGAAAUGGGCAUGUCAGCUUGAAGGGCCUUCUGUUUCCCACACCGUUUCUAAUACGUUAAUAAACCUCCCGAUCGAUGUUCCAGUGUCGUCAGCACAAUAGACGUAGCUCUAUUUUGUCUAGCAUAAUAAUUGAAAAAAAAACAGUGCUUUUAGGAUUUGAAGAAAUAACUGUACAUGUCUGACAAGUAAAGCCAGUUUUACCGUCCCAUGCUAAAUUUUGCAUGCAUACUGGCUAACUGGAACCAUUUACUCAGUUUCGAUGGAAUGUGAAACACUAUUGAUCUAGAGCAGAUGCAUCUCCACAAUCAUCUACUAAAGAUACCUUCUUGAAUAUUGCUUUUAGAUGUGUCUUAUAACAUAGUAGAGUAGUGGGGACUAUUUGUUGGCAGUUUCUCUAUUUGUGCAGAUAUGUAUUCGUUCUAUCCAAAAGCAUAGCAAAACAGAUCCUGUGUUAUAAGUAUUCUAAAUUUAGAAUUAGGAAGUAGCCACAUAGAGUCAUUUGUGAUUUUUUUUAAGACCGUAGCCAUACUCUAAAAUAUGAAAUGGGACCUGAUACCAGUAUGUGACAAGUGUUGAUGUUUUCUGUGCACUCAUUUUCUCUGCAUGUCUCUAGGAAUAUAUAUACAUAGUAAAUAUGUAUUUUGUGUCCUUUUGAAUAAGUAGGUGCAAAAGCACUUUCUAGAAUGCCAUUAAGCAUGAAUGUAAUUAUAUGUGCAUUGUAUAUAUGUAUGAGUAUAAAUAUCAGUGUAAACCUGUGCUCAGUAUGUAAGAUAAGUAUAUUUUUUAACUGUCACAGUGUAUGAUAUAUGUUGGGAAGACCUGCCAUAAUGUGAUUACAGUAGUUCAUUUCUCAUAGCAUACAUGAGAAACAAAAGAUUUUCUAACUCAGACUGUAUAUAAUCUGAGGGGCACAAAGCUUAUAAUAACCGUGACGAGGUAGAGUAAUGUCUGUGGCCAUUGGUACUGAAACCCACAGCACCGCUACCUAGGAAGGCAUUACCCUUUGGUGAUACUUUGAUAAACAAUGUAACAGUACCAGAAUUUUUCUCCAAGGUCUCUAGUUAAAAUUGUGUUAUUUGGGGUUGCUGAGCUGACUCUUAAAAAAGCUAAGUUGAUCCGUAUCAUCAUUUGUUCUCUACAGUAAAGGUCAAAAGAAUACAGAGAGUCAGCAGCAUAAUGAUAGUAAUGAGUCUUUCUGAGCAAAACUGUUAAAGCAUGCAGGGGACAGGUUGCUUAAUUCCUUGCAGGUAUGUUAUCUACGCUUUCAGGUAAACCUUUUGCUUUUGGCAAACUGUAUUAAUUACUUUAAAUUGAUGGGAAUCUCUGUAGAAUGAGUACUAAAGCCUAAACAGAUCUCCAGGCUGUCUUGAUUCUGUGAAAGAUGACUGCGGAUAAAAGCCAAGCCAUGAGUUUUAGGUCAUUUCACCUAGGACUGCUAGCUGUGAACUCUGAGCUCCUGUGAAUGAAGCCAAUUUUAGAGAAAUAAUGGAUAGUUCACCAGAUCAUAUAGUCUUUUCUAAAGAACUCAAUUUGUCUUCUAAGUAAUAAUAGGCUGUCUGUCUAGCUGAUAAGUUUAAAAUUAUGUGGUGCUCUGUAUGUGAAACUUUAACAAUAUUUUUGAAGUACAUAUAGUAUAUACAUUGCUACUUGUGGAUAUACGCAUACAUGUAAUAAUAUCUGUAUGUGUGAGAGUAAGAGACAGGAACCUCAGAGAACCUCCUGUUUAAGACCUGUUAGCACCGGUAUACUGGAGAGACUUCUCAUUCCACUGGUCAAGGGCUUCACAUGUGGUUCAGCUCAAGGCGUUGAUUUCUAUAUAAUCUUUACCUGUAAAUUCCUUUAAAUUUACUCAUGUUUCCAAAUGAUACAAAAAUCACUCUCUUGUCUUAUACUGACUGCUGCCAUUCUGUGAAAAUCAUUUCUCACAAACCAGAAACCUUAUGACUGUAACCUUGUGUGUUUGAUUUCAGAUGUACUGCUUUUGUUUCAUGUUCCUCUUCUCUCCCUGUUCUGAAUCAAAUUUCAUUUUGUUUUUGUAUGAAUGGAGAGUACAUAGAAGUUAAAUCUUGUUUUCUCUGUUGAUCUUUAACAUGAGCCAGAAUACUUUCCACUGUCUUUUUUGCCACUUCUGAGAUUUCUUAAUGCUGGAUUAAUAUGGAUUCUGUGAAUGAGAUUUUUGAAGCAAAUUCCUAAAGCCUGUAUCAUCCUUGAAGGCCAUGUACCUAUUGUGAAAAUGUGAAACUGUAUUUCUGAAUAUGAAAUAAAUUAUUACAUUUG